AGGGGGAGGGCAGCCGGCACUGCAUGACGUUGCUUGCCGAGCAGGCGUGUACUGCAGGCGUACUAGAAACGGGAGGCCAGUGGUGCAACAGGGGUGAAGAAACAUGGGUGAACAAACAGGGGUGAACAAACAGGGGUGAACACGUGCCUUGUCGAUUCACGUCACCCGUGUAAGCUGACUGUAGAGAGGACGACCGCCAGUCGAGACACGCAAGACUUGCGACGGACAAACUUGCAGCCAUAAGAAAGGUCUGGGACCAGUGGGAGGAGCGGCUGCUAGCCCUCUACAACCCAGGGCCUGACAUGACAGUGGACAAGCAACUGGUCCCGUUCAGAGGCCGCUGUCCAUUCCGACAGUACAUUCCCAGCAAGCCAGCAAAAUACGGCAUCAAGUCAUGGGUGGCCUGCGACUCCAGAUCCAGCUACGCAUGGAAGAUGCAAGUCUACACUGGCAAGGCGACCAGCAGAGGCCCCGAGAAGAACCAGGGGAUGCGCGUCGUCCUCGAUCUGACAAAGGGACUGAGUGGUCACAAUGCCACGUGUGCCAAUUUCUUCACCUCCUAUGAACUGGGACAGCAGGUCCUCGAGAGGAACUUCACCAUGGUCGGCACGGUGCGAAAGAACAAGACCGAGCUCCCGCCGGAGCUGCUCGCGUCAAAGGGCAGACAGGUCUUGUCCUCAAGGUUUGCCUUCAUGCCCACAAUCACUCUAGUGUCCUACCUGGCAAAGAAAAGUAAGAACGUGCUACUUCUGAGCACGCUGCACACACAGGCCGACAUUAGCGAUCGCCACGACAGGAAGCCGGCUGUCAUCCUAGACUACAACUGCAACAAAGGCGGCGUGGACAACCUAGACAAGGUGGUUGGAACGUACAGCUGCAGACGGAUGACUGCCCGCUGGCCCCUGGUCAUCUUCCACAACAUCCUUGACGUGUCCUCCUACAAUGCCUUUGUCAUAUGGCAAGAGUUCAAGCCUAACUGGAUGCCUCAGAAGCGGAACAAGAGGAGGGUGUUCCUGGAGCAGCUGGGAAAGGCACUUGUGAAGCCAUUGAUCCAAAGAAGGCAGCAUCUCCCCCGCACGGAAGCAGCGUCAGCACUUGUCAAAGCCGUACAGAGUGCUACGGCUCGUCAACAACCUGAGGAGUCCGCCACUGCCCCAGCCACUGACCGAGCCACUGCCCACCGAAGAAGGACUCUAAGACACACACGGUGUGCUGCAGGUGUAAGAAAUACAUCUGCAAAGGCUGUUCACACGCAUACUGUCACACUUGUGCCCAGUGGGCGUUUAGCCAAGACGGGACAGGGUGACCCGGAGGACACGGGGUGUAGACAUAAUACGAGGACCACGGGAGGGUUAAAUGAAAAAUAAUUGGGAUUUGGAAGUUAUAUAAGAAGGAUGGUAAUAUUCAGUAUCAGUAACUUCCUCACAUACUCCGCUUACAAAUCAAGCUUUGAAUGUUUGUUGCCAUGGAGCAAUACUGAGGAAGACACUUUGUCGUUGAAUUUAAGCAGUCUUUCAGUGGGCUGUCCAAUGUGUCCGUUGUCUCUCUGUUUGCAUGUUGAACUUGAGUGUUGAACUCAAGUUGCCUUAUGUGUCAUCAUAGUUGACAACCUAGUAAAUGUAAAUCAGGGACACUCCAAUUAGAGUGAUAUGUUAUGUUUCGUAUUGUAUGUACUAAUUUGUGGAUGUCCAUCAUCCAUUUCAUAUGAUAUGUUACAAAUUGCAAUUUGUACAAUAUUUUACGAAUUAGCAAAUGGAUGAUAUGUUACGAAUUCCAAUUUGUUGUGGCUAACGUUAGCUAUGUGGCUAUGUGGCUAGAUGGAUAAUGCUACCGUUAACUAGGUGGCUAAUGUUAGCUAGGCUAUGGGGUUAAGGUUAGGGUUAGGGUUAGGAGUCAGGUUAAAAGGUUAGCGUUAGGGUUAGGGGAAGGGUUAGCUAACAAAUAGUUGCAAAGUAGCUAAAAAGUUGUAAGUAGUUGCCAAGUUGCUAAAGUUGUCCGUGAUGAGAUUCGAACACACAACCUUUGUGUUAUAUGCCCACCCAUCCAUCCUGACCAAUCACCCUACUUUCUUUUUAUCUUUAAGUAACCUUCUGUCUUAUGUAACCACACCAAACGUAACAUAUCACACAAAUCUGAGUGUCCUGGAGUGUCAUUUGAGUGUGAUUUACAUUUACAACAGUUGAAGUGGGAAGUUUACAUACACUUAGGUUGGAGUCAUUGAAACUCGUUUUUCAACCACUGCAUGACUCAAGUAAUUUUUCCAACAAUUGUUUACAGACAGAUUAUUUCACAUACAAUUCACUGUAUCACAAUUCCAGUGGGUCAGCAGUUUACCUACACUAAGUUGAGUGUGCCUUUAAACAAUUGGAGGUGUACCUGUGAAUGUAUUUCAAGACCUACCUUCAAACUCAGUGCCUCUUUGUUUGACAUCAAGGGAAAAUAAAAAAAAAUCAGCCAAGACCUCAGAAGAAAAAUGAUAGACCUCCACAAGUCUGGUUCAUCCUUGGGAGCAAUUUCCAAAUGCCUGAAGGUACCACG